AUGACGGUUGCACUGCCUUGGACUUCGGAGGCGACGGCGCAGGAUCUCAAAGGUCGACGCCGGUCGUAUCAUUGUUGUCGAUUUGCACUUCUUCUUGUCGUUGACACCGUCACUGGGGGGUCUUCGGGCAUCGGUCGAGAGAUUGCAAACGAGUUGGCCGGGCGGGGCUACAACAUUCUGCUGGUUGCCAGGGGUAAGGAGGGCCUAAAGAGGGCCGCGAAGGAGCUGACUGAGGCAUCCAGGGAGGCGGCGGAGGUGGCCAGACGGGAGCGUGAGGAGGGCGGAGAUGACGGCCGGCAAGCUAGCGCCUCAAGAAGAGAUUCAGAAAGCAGGAGAGAUCGAAAACGCCGGCGUCGCCAAGAGAGGAAAGAGAGCAUGCGCCGUUCGGUGAUGUCAUCGGCGUCCUCAGCUACACCGUCGCCGUCGACAUCAUCUGCACAGACCUCCAAGCGGAAUGGCUCGGGUGCUGCCAUAGGCCUCUCUUCUAACUCGUCCAGGUUUAUAGGACCGCACUCGGAAGGGGGACUAGAACAAGAGAGGGGCAGGGGGCAAGAGCAAGAAGAUGCGGCUGCAGUUGGAGCUACUGCUGUUGCGCCUCAGUUGACGGAGGCGGUAACCGCGAGGUGGUUUGCUGCUGACCUGGGAAAUGCCACCUCAACACAGGUUCAACGAUUGAAUCUAACGGUGGACAUCCUGGUGAACGCCGCUGGGUUGUGCCGCGUUGGCCGGGUGAACAACUGUGCCGAAGAAGACCUGACUUCGCAGCUGAUGCUGAACGUGGUGGGCACGAGUCAGCUGACUCGCCUGUUCGCGAAAGAUUUUGUGAGGAGACGAAAGGGUCGUAUCAUGGUGGUGUCUUCUGUCGUUUCUGCAGCACCUAAUCCCACGGUCGCUGCGUACGCGGCAAGCAAGUCGUAUCUCACCAGUUUUGCGGAAGCCCUACACAGCGAGUUGGAGGUAUCGGGGGUAGGCGUAACGUGCGUCAUGCCUGGAGCUACGAGAACGAGCUUCCAAGACAACUCGGGCUCUACGGCAGCUUUGGUCUGGCAGCUUCCGCUCUUUUCGAUGGAAGCGGAUGAGGUGGCCGCGAGAGCAGUUGAGGCGUUGAUGAGAGGAGACCGCACUGUCGUUCCCGGAUGGCAAAACAAGCUGUACGUGCACGUCCUGGCUCCGCUGCUGCCUCGGAAAAUCGUCAUGAGCUUCGCAGAAGCUAUGUGGAGAUGACGCGAUAUUUCUGGUGCGCCGCAGACUCGACCGUAACAAGCAAUUGCAGUCGUGCAUCAGUUUAGAGACGCCUGUGCCAAUAGUCGUCGGACGAUGUCGAACUCCGGAAUGAUACUGUACCUGCCUGUUUCUAUGCGUGGUUUGACCCGGUGGCUUGGGCACACAGCAGUGAGAUCAUGGCCGGAGUAGUUGCAGCAUGAGGCUAACGUCGUGGAAUGAAAGAUAGUGGAGACCCGAAGGCUGGACUAGGUUAGAUUCGUGUUAUUGCCUGGGGGUACUGUAGCACGGUAGAGCGGAUAGGACACUAGUCCCGGGGAGACCCUGUCGCCUUGAUGCCCUGUGUCGCUUGAUGUAACUCACCGGCAAAACAUGGUUUGGCGUUGUACUUCCUCUGUCAGGCUCGAAAUACGUCCGAGCCGU